GCAGAGCUGCAGUGGAGACAAGUCUCUGUGUUUCUCUCUACACAAACAUUCAACUGAAUCCAGCAGGUUUUCAUCAACAGCAAACUCUGGUGAGUUCACUGACCUACAGAGACAACAGGAAACUGAAGAUUCCGUCAUAAGAGUGUCGAUAUGGCUGCUGCCAGCUGUCUGCUGACUGAAGAUCAGUUCCUGUGCUCCAUCUGUCUGGAUGUGUUCACUGAUCCAGUCGCCAUACCAUGUGGACACAACUUCUGUAAAACCUGCAUCACUGAACACUGGAGUACUAAUGUCCCCUAUCAGUGUCCAAACUGUAAGAAGGUUUUCAGCACCAGACCUGAGCUGCAUGUCAACACCUUCAUCUCUGAGAUGGCUGCUCGGUUCAGACAGUCAGCUCAACAGAAAGCCAGCAGCAGCAGCAGCAGCUCAGAGCAACAAGUUCCCAAACCAGGAGAAGUUCCCUGCGAUGCCUGCACUGGAACCAGACUGAAGGCCCUGAAAUCCUGCCUGGUGUGUCUGGAAUCCUACUGUGAGACUCACCUGGAGCCUCAUCUGACAAGAUCAGGCCUGAAAAGACAUCAGCUGAUCGACCCUGUGGAGAACCUGGAAGGCAGGAUGUGUCUGAAGCACGAUAAACUGCUGGAGCUGUUCUGUAAGAGCGACCAGAUGUGUGUCUGCAUGCUCUGCACCUAUUCAGACCACAAGACACAUGAUGUUGUUCCUCUGAGAGAAGAAUAUGAAGGAAAGAAGGCCGAGCUGGAGACUGAAAUUCAGCAGAUGAUCCAGAAGAGACGACUGAAGAUUGAGGAGAUUAAACACUCAGUGGAGCUCAGUGAGGAAGAUGCAGACAGAGAGAUAGCAGAUGGUGUUCAGGUCUUCACCGCUCUGAAGGAGUCUGUUGAGAGAAGCCAGGCCGAGCUCAUGGACACGAUCAAAGAGAAGCAGAGAAAGACAGAGAAACAGGCUGAAGGCUUCAUCAAAGAGCUGGAACAGGAAAUCUCUGAGCUGAAGAAGAGGAGCACUGAGGUGGAGCAGCUCUCAUGCUCUGAAGACCACCUCCACCUCUUCCAAAGCUUCAUGUCCCUGAACACUGCUCCACCCACCAAGGACUGGACAGAGGUCAGCGUCCGUCCACCUUCACAUGAGGGGACUGUGAGGAGAGCUGUGAGUCAGCUGGAGGAGACACUUAGUAAACAGAUGAAGAAGCUGUUUGAGGUCGAGCUGAAGAGGGUCCAGCAGUCUGCAGUGGAUGUGACACUCGAUCCUGAUACAGCACAUCCUACACUCAUCCUGUCUCAUGAUGGGAAACAAGUAAAGCUUGGUGAUGUGUGGAAAAAUGUCCCAGACAAUCCAGAGAGAUUUAAUUUUCAUGGUAAUGUCUUAGCAAAGCAGAGUUUCUCUUCAGGAAGAUUUUAUUAUGAGGUUCAGGUUGAAUGGAAGACUGAAUGGAAUUUAGGAGUGGCCAGAGAGUCGAUCAACAGGAAGGGAAGAAUCCCAGCAAACCCUCAGAAUGGUUUCUGGUUAUUAUCUUUAAGAAAUGAAAAUGAGUACUAUGCCCGUGCCGGCCCUGAUAUCCGUCUGUCUCUAGAGUCUCGGCCUGAGAAGGUGGGGGUGUUUGUGGAUUAUGAGGAGGGUCUGGUCUCCUUUUAUGAUGUUGAUGCUGCGGCUCUUAUCUACUCCUUUACUGGCUGCUCCUUCACUGAGAAACUCUACCCAUACUUAAGUCCUUGUACCAACAAUGAUGGUAAAAACUCUGCCCCUCUGAUCAUCUCUCCUGUCAAUUACACUAAGUAGAACAGCCACUUAACUUUCUACAAACAGACUGCAAGACACUUAAUGAAAGAAAAUUGCACAUUUACCAGCACUGUGUGCUUUGUAUGCUGAAUUUUCUUCAGACCCCUGUAGAUGUUUUUUGCCCUUUUUUUGUGCAACUCAAAACAUAAUUUCUCUUUAAUGCAGUUUGCAGUUGGGACUUUUUGGCCUAUGUUCAUUUUCUGUUUUGGCGAAAUAGUGCUGGUGAUUUUUUUUUUUUUUUUGUCAGAUUCCUAAAUUGAUUUUCAAAAAUCAUACCAUACACAAUAACAAGAUGCCUUGUGGUUUUUGUGUCAUGUGUCCAAACAAUGUUAAUUGUGCCAGAAAACAAUGACAUUGAUACUGAUGACAUUGGUGUAAACAUGUUCUACUUUAAUCAUUUUAAUGUUGAAAUAUUUGUAUUUGAAAAUGUUGGCCCCUCAAAGAUGUGUCCAGGGGCUGUACUCAAACAUAUUGAGAACACUCUCAGAGAGCUCCUAACUCAAAAAUAUUUUAGUAAGGACUCCUAGCUUAGGGGUGAUUUAGGAAAGUUCUCAGAGCGACUCUGAGCAAGGAAGGGACAGAAAGUUUUAUCUGAGUGAGGAGGUGUGGUUGACCCUGUUGCUAGUUGUGAUGCAUUCUUUUAACAAAUGUGAUUGGUUGUCACAGACACGCCCUUUUGUGAGCCUACAAGGUGUGGACAACCAGUGGAAAUUACUGACUGUCAAAGUGUUGUCACCGUUAGUGUGAUCACUCUGCUGAUGGAAGGUUGAGACAGACUGAACUCAUCACUACUGCACUGUUUUUUUUUUUUUAAGUUUUCCAAAUAUCUUAGUGUUGUGUUCAUUUUAUGUCAUUUUAAGUCCUCCUCCCUGCUCCUAACAGUUUUUCACCUUAGGAGCUCUUAUAAGGUCUAAGAUGCUCAGUAAAUAACUUCUUUACACAGAUUUAGUCUUAACUUUGAGGAAAAAUUCUAAGAAAACGUCACAGUUCUAAAAAAAUCUUAGAAUUUUGUCACUCGGAGCAACUCUUGGCACCAGGAAGCUGAAUACGGCCUCAGGAUUUUUGUCAACUCUGUCAAAUUUCUACAAACAUCAUUUAAUCAGAUAUAAAAAGGGAAAGCAAAAUCACAAGGAUUCUGAGAAAUAUUCUCAAAACGCUGCAUGACUGUGAGUAAAUGAUUAGAUGGUGCAGGGAUAAUAUGUGUGGUUGAUUAGGGAUAUGCACACAUUUCCCACCUAAUGCUACAAUGGCAGAAAUAGAGAUAUUUGAAGAAACUGUAAAAACACAACCGUGCAGCAGUGAUGACUUGAAUCUGUCUCAACCUUCCAUCAGCAAAGUGAUCACACUAACAGUGACAACACUUUCAUGGUCUCAUGUUCUCAUGCAGUUCAUUUAAUUUCCACUGGGUGUCCACACCUUGCAGGCUCACAACAGGCCUGUCUGUGACAACCAAUCAUAUCUGUUAAAAGAAUGUGUCUCACCUAACAACGGGGUCGACAACACCUCCUCACUAAGGUAAAACUUUCUGUCCCCUCCUUGCUCAGAGUCGCUCUGAGAACUUUCCUGAACAUAUCGCCUUAUAUAAAUAGUCCUAAUUAGGAGCUCUCUGAGAGUGUUCUCAGAAUGUUUGUGAAUACGGCCCCUGGUUUCUUGAAAGUUGUGAAUGCUGCUCAAGUAGUGAUUAGCUUUCUAUUUUUUGAUACAUUGAUUAACUAAUAUUGUAAUAUUGCUAUCGGGUGUGUCUCAGCCAUAACAGGUAAACUCUGUUGUCCAUCAAAUCAAAACCAAGUAAGAAUUAUGUUUGAGUAUUUUGAUCAGCAAUAAGAAAACUCUGAGCAACUGUGAAAAAUAUAAUGGCUACUUGCUACAACUCUGACGUCCAUUGUACUAUUUAAGAAAAAUUAAAUCACGUGGAGGUUGGCUCAUUGCAAGAUUUAAAGGCGCCGUAUGUAAGAAUGUGGCCAAAACGGUUACUGCACUCAAAUUCAAAAUAUUGCUGUGAGUCAUGCCCACCUGAUGGAGCUAUCAAGUGCUUUUUCCACGGUCUCUGCCUCUUACUGGGGGUGGAGGUGCUUGGACCCACAUAGCUAAAGAGAUGAGCGUUUUUAUCAUACAUGAGUGGCUCUCAGAGGGUACAUGCAUUUCCUGUUGUAUCAGUAAAGGUCAAGAUGUAUUAUAAUUGAUGUUAGCUGUUGACUAGGGAUGGACAUAUCGGAGGAAAUAUGCAGGAUAUUUGACCUAACUAUGCUUCAUUUUUGCUUCACCUCUGUAAAAUUAUAUAGCUUUAUAGCAAUAUAUAUGCGAAGACCUAAUGAGGACUCAAAUUGGUGUCAAAUGUAAAGUUUUGUCUUAUCGUGCUAAUGUUUGCGCUGUUACCAAAGCAAACACGCCGGCAGCGGCUGGACAGCGGCAUGCUGGAGAUUUGUUUUCCCAUGGGCGGCUGCCAUGGCAGGGCUGCGUGGCCGCAUCCUUGACCUUCGGUUUCUAGCGGACCGUUGAUGCAAGUCCGGCUUCUCUGCUGCUAACGCUGCUGCCGGGAUACAGCGGAGGAGGAGCCGGCUGCUAAUGCUAUGUACCGGGAUACUGCUAAUGCUGCUUGCCGUGCUGCUAACAUUUAUUUUUCAAAAAAAUCAGCCUGGUCGAUGACCCACCUGCACAUGGGCUACAAUGUGUGAUCGAAAAUGAAUAACAGUUGAAAGUAUUCAAAAUGUCCAUCCCCGUCUAGCUAUGAUGCUAGUUAGCCAACUUUGGCUAAAGCUUACCUGUCGAGGAGAAGAGUAGCCACUUCGACAUCCGAUUUCAAAUUCUUCUCUGGUUUCAACCGUCUCCACCGUUCGAAAGCAUCUCCUAUAUAGACCCUCGCUUUGCCUCGAGUUUUGUCUUGGCGUUUUUGGGAAUCAUAACGAGGUCGUUUGGGUUUAGUCGCACCGUCAGCCAUUGUAGCUCAGUCGUAACUGGCAACCCGGAUGCUGAGACUCUACUGACUGCGUGACUGGUAGACGGCGGUGGGUGGUGCAACAGGCCAAAACAGAAUUUCAAAACAUAAACAUGAUUUGUAGACCGUAAACAAUUUUUUAAAAUGCGAAUUUUCUGGCUGUACUAUUGUUGUCAGUGAGAUCAUUAUGUUAUAUGAACAUUAUUCCUUAGUCUCUGUGAAAUAUUAGGAUGAUUUUACAACUAUUUGCUUUAAAUUUCUUACAUAUAGCUCCUUUAAUAGUUAGGACUUCGGUCUUUUAAAAUGUAGUUUCCCAGCCUAACUGAAACUAAAAAUCAAAACCUUCCAUAAAUAAUGUUUUGUUCUACUUCUCAGGAGUGAGGAAGUUACAAAGCAUUCAAUAAAUGUUGCAUUGUUUGCAGUUUUGUUUUUGCACAGUCAUGUUCAGGCACAGAAAUAAACAGUGUUGACUUAAUAAACCCAUUAUCACCAUACAGGGACAUCAUUAUUUUCAAAAAAACUUCUGACUGUUCAAAGACUAUGCUUUAUUCUUAUAUCAGUCAGGCCUGUUAAUCCCUAAUGG